GUGGAGAUCAAAUGAGCCCGCCGAUGGUCAUCAACUAACCCUGUUCUCACAAGCAGGAAUCUGCGCGCAUCAACCGACCCACACAAGGGUUGCGAAAGCAGACACCUGGGGUAAGGCAAGGAUUAUCCUGUCGUGGAGAGCACCACGGUGUUACAUUAAUCUCCUCUCAAGUCUUGAAACAGGCGGCAGAGGGACAACCUGCCACAGGCACAGACAGGGCAACAUGUUAUUUUUAGUGGCUCAUUUCUCUUUCCCAGGGAUAUUCAUACUCCGUCUCGAACUGCCAUGUCAAAAGACUGCAGGGACAUUCAGGGUUUGUUACUGCGUUCACAAAUCCUGGUACUGAUGGCAAAGAGGUAUUAGCAAAGACUUACCCAGGAUUGGCGGAUUAGCACAGCAAAGCCUAUUUACGUUUUCACAAAAGUGAAACGUUACUACCGUUAGUGUUUCUUGACCAGACGAGACAAAACGCACAAUUUAAUUUUAAAGAAGUGAGGUACAUGUCAACAUAUAUUUCCCGUCUUUUUGACUUAUACAUAGUCCAGGAUGGGUUGUUUUGGUUUUGUUUGUUUUUUAUUUUCGUUCAGCCCACCUUAGUGGAAAAAUGUCUGUAAACAGGUACAGCAUCAGGUGUCGAGGUGGAAGCAAACUUCUUCUCUCUCUUUUUAGGGGUUGUGGCGGGUUUUAGCCGCUGUCAUUCUGGGGCAUUAUGCACGCCAGGGCACAGUGUUUAUGGCACAGCUAGUGACAGUUCUGUCCUUGCAUUACAGGAGCUUGAAGACGGCCCUUACACAGUAGCUGGGGAACAACUUGCACAACUUACCCCAUGUCUACACACCAGUACACAUUCAUUGAAUAACAUGAUGAGGCUCACUGGGACCCGAACUUACAUUGACUAAUGCCUACCUACUAAUACAUUAAAUGACAUUAGUAAUUAACUAAUAUUAAGAAUUAAAUAAUAUUAAAAAUAAACACAGAGACAGAAACAAGAUAUAUUCGUCAAAAAGAUGGAAAUCUGUCUCCAUUACCUCUUGCCUCAUUCAACUCAUGACUCAUUAACUCACUCAGGUGUUUCAUUAACUCACUGGAGUUCGGGAAUAUUGAGAGAAGGAAAGCAGAGCGAGCCGACAGUGCUGUGUCAAAAGUAUUAACCAGUGGAGUGACAUUGUGGUGUGAAUAUCUAUUUAAUUACGACAAGAGCUUACGGGAACCACACCUGUACUACAUCAUACGCAGUUGAUACAGACCGGGGUCCACAGUCAUGAAGCUGUGCGCUGUACCUGACAUCAGACGCAGUAAAUGUAACCAGCAUUCCUACAAUGUUGCUGAUUGUGAUGGAGAUGGGGAACUUCUUUAAAACUGUCGAUGGCAAGGCAGAUGAAUAGGUGAAUGGCAGGAAAGUGUCAGGUCAGUCAUUGCACAACACCGGAGAUGUCCGGUGGUGGAUGGGGGGAGGAAGGGAGGGGCGAACACGUGAGGCCCGAGGCUGUUUUCUCGCCGUCAACUUGACGUCCCCUCACUGUGUGACGUGCACGAGACAGGGAGACAGCAUAAGUCGUGUUCUCACUCCACACUUCUUGGCCACAAAAACAGGAGCCAGCAUUCAAGAACCGGGUAGAAUUCUCACCCAUGUUGCAACUGGCAACGAGACAGUUGUGUUCAAUGUGGGAGGCACCAUGUUUGAGACUUACAAGUCCACACUACACAGCUUGCCCCACAGUCCACUAGCAGACGACUCUUUUCUCCGGAAGCACUUCAGACAAGAGAAAGGUCAUUACUUUUUUGAUCGGGACCCGGAUGUCUUCUGCGCGAUUUUGAAUUAUCUUCGCACAGGAGAACUCCACUUACCAACUAAAUGUUGUGGUCCCGCUGUCAAGACGGAGCUGGAGUUCUGGGGCAUUGAGGAGGACGAGAUCGAAGAGUGCUGCUGGACCAACUACAAUUCAUGGACUACCACACUUGACGCACUGCGCAGACUGGAGCAGGACAGAAAGGUCAACAUGCCAGGAUCACAGGAUGACUGGCCAGAAGUCGAGAGAAGUCACAGCAAAGUUCGUGAACUCCAAAUAAAGUUUUGGAACAUACUUCAUAAUCCAAGAUCCAGUCUGCUUGCUAAUCUAUACGGCUAUGUCUCACUAACUUUCGUCAUCAUCAGCAUCUUCUCUUUCGUCGCACAGACGCAUGAAUUUUUUCGCGUUCCUAGUCACCAUAAGGCUGCUAACCUGGGAAGCAAGGCAACACAUCCCAUCACACAUAACACAUCAUCGGCUAAUGUAACAGCUGAGGCCGUGGUGCUAAACAGACAAAACAUCACCAAGGGUCUGACGGAGGUUCACCCUGUCCUGCUGGGCAUGGACGGCGCGUGUCUUGUCUUCUUCAUCGCGGAGUUCGCGUGCAGGUUCUUUCUGUCCCCCCGGAAGCUGAAGAUGCUAGCCAUGCCGACGACUGUCAUCGACCUGCUGGCCCUGCUGCCGGACAUCAUAGAGUUCAGCAUCCGGAUCUUCCGGCAUGAAAAAGGGCAAAGCACCGUCGACGUCAUCACCAAUAUGCGCCUUUUGCGCACCUUCCGCAUAUUCCGGUUGAUGCGUCACUUCCCGGGACUAUGGAUCCUCUUCUACACUCUUAAAGCAAGCCUGCGAGAGCUGCUGCUUCUACUGCUCUUCGUCUUCGUCGGCAUGAUCUUCUUCGCUUCUCUUAUCCACUACGCUGACGAUCAGACGGUCUUCACCAGCAUCCCGACUGCCUGCUGGUGGGCGGUUAUCACCAUGACGACGGUGGGUUACGGGGAUAUGUAUCCGACCACAAGGUGGGGGUACGUGGUGGGCACCCUGACGGCGAUCUGUGGCGUGCUGGUUGUGGGAUUCACGGUACCCGUGCUGGUCAACAACUUCAUCCUGUACUACCAGCACACGCAGUGCGCCUUCAGCAGAGACCGCGCCACCAAACGGCGGGCGCACGUGAAUAAGCAGCGGCGGCAAUGCCUGGAGAAACGCGCGCAAGGCCUCCACGAGAGAGUGCCGGAGGUGCAGAUGUCAGUGCUGAAGUGUUUUCAGAAUCACCAUACAGCCAAUGGCCAACCCGGUCCUUCCUGCAAUGAGACGUGUAGGAGCAACAAGAAAACAAAGAAAACUGUCAGUCAGAGUGUUGAGGAUGGUACAGCUUUACUCGAAGACGAAGCAGAGUUGUCUACCCGUCAGAACGACGCAACAAGCAGCGACACCGCCGACCUGGCCAAGCUGCUGAAACUACGUGUCACGUGACACGACCAUAGAGGUGACCGCAGUCAAUUCGUGGACAAUCACAAGGAAAAUAUGUUACCAGAUGUCCAACUUAUUCAGACCGGGAGGAGAUGAGUGUAAGGCAAGCUUUCUGGGCGGGUGGUCGAUACCCAGUUCGUCAGCUUUGGGCGAGGACCCUGGACACAAAGCAGAUGUUGAGCCUGCUGAUGUCAUAUAGGUGGCCCUCUCGAUGUACCUUUUGUAUUCCAUUCAUGCCGAGAAGCACGACCUUAGACAGUUUAUGUAGCAACUCGAAAUGUUUUAAAGAUUCGGAAACGAUCUCUUUAUUUCUGUGGAGUCGUCAAUUUAUGAUCACGUGAUGUGCGUGGGUGUGGGUGUUUAAUUGUAGAGUCUUCUGCGCUUUGGUCACCGAGAUUGUGACCGCAGGGGAUCGUUUUCCCAUGUCGUUUGAAAACAGGGUACAUCUUCAGAGA